AUGCAGCUCCCCGAAAAGGCUUUAUCUGCGCUCAAGGAGCGUGGUCACUCUGGAUCGUACAAAAUUAUCGGUUCAAAAGUCCACUUGGACGAUGGCAACAUCUUCCUCUUUAAGUCUGCUCCACGCUCUUCAGCUGAGCAAAUGAUUGGCGAGGCUAUGUCUAUUAGUGACAUGAGCAGCGCUUUGCCUGGUAUCUGCCCUGCUCUCAUAGACUCCUCUCUCGACAGCGAUGACUCUGACUUCUACAUGCUUACCGAGUGGCACGAUUUGGGUGGCUCUGGCUCACGUAUGAUGGAACUUGGGAAAGAACUCGCCCAAAUGCAUCUCAAUGGUACAGAAAAGUCUGGUAGGUUUGGGUACAAGAUGCCAACCUACUGCGGCGAAACUAAAUUCAACAACACGUGGAGCGAUAACUGGAUUGAUUUCCUCAAUAACGAUCGUUUCCUCUAUCUUUUUGAGCAGAUCUGCGGUAAGAAUGGCUCUCGCGAUGUUGAAAUAUGGAAACUGGGUCAGACCCUAAUGAACAAGACCGUUCCAAGCCUUUUAAGCGGUAUUGAUGUUAAGCCAUCCUUACUUCACGGCGAUUUGUGGGCAGGAAACGCAUCAUUUUCUAGAACGACUAACAGACCUGUCAUUUUUGAUGCCUGUAGUUUCUAUGGUCACAAUGAGGCCGAGCUGGGUAUUUGUAUGAUGUUCGGCGGCUUUGGCUCUAAGUUCUUUGAGGGGUACCACUCUGUUUAUCCAAAAGCUGAGCCCGUCGAUGAAUACGACCAGCGAAUCAAGCUCUACGAGCUGAUCCAUCAUCUCAACCACUAUGCCAUUUUUGGAGGAAUGUACAGAAGCGGUGCAGUGAGCAUGAUGAAGAGCUUAAACCGCUAUACAGAAUCAAAGUGA